AUUUUACUUUUUAAUUAACACAUUUUUAAAAGUUUAUAUAAUUUUACAUUAAUUUUUUAUAAUAUAUUGUAUAUAAUUUAUAAAAAUAAUUUAAAAUUUUUAAAUGAAUAUCAACGUCAUCUUAACACGUUUAAUGUUUUGUAAUUAAGUGACUGUUCAAAUUACACUGACAAUGGAGCAUAACGACUCGAAAAAAGGUCUGAUUGGUGGGCAAGGUGUUCAACAAAUGCACAUGUCAAUAAUUAAACCACAACCUGACCCUAACGAAUCUCCGAUUGUUCAUAAUAAAAAUACAACUCCUAAAUCUGUCGAAAUCAGGGAUAAAAAAACUUAUUCUGAUCCUGACAAAAACUCUGUCAUUGAUAUUGAUGAAGCUACAAAUGGAACGGAGAGUGAUACGGAAGACAGUAGUAAUACCAACGAACAUUUUGUUGUUACAAGACCAUUUGGGCAUAAUUUGGAGUGCGAUCCAACUAUUGAUGACAGAUUACCAGAUACAGUAACUUUAUUAACAACUCCAGAAGGUGGAAAAGUGUAUUUAGUAGGAACUGCUCAUUUCAGUGAAGAAAGCCAAAAUGAUGUGUCAAUGAUUAUUCAAGCCGUUCAACCACAUGUUGUCAUGGUUGAACUAUGUGAUGCUCGUGUUCAUAUUCUACAAUUAGAUGAACAAACUAUUCUUAAAGAAGUUGAAAGUUUAAACAUGCAAAAAAUAAAAGCUACAAUAAAACAAAACGGUGUGUUCAAUGGUUUAAUCUACGUUUUAUUACUCAAUAUGUCAGCUCAUAUGACUAAACAAUUAGGAAUGGCACCAGGAGGUGAAUUUCGUCGCGCAUUUACUGAGGCAAAGAAAAUACCUAAUUGCUUAGUCCAGCUUGGAGAUAGACCGAUAAAUAUAACGUUGAAACGUGCACUAGCUUCAUUAUCAUGGUGGCAAACAAUAACACUGUUUUGGAAUUUAUUGAGAUCAAAAGAUCCAAUCAGCAAAGAAGACGUUGAACGGUGCAAACGCCGUGAUUUAUUAGAAGAACUUUUAGCGGAGAUGACUGCUGAGUAUCCGCCUCUAGGUAAAGUGUUUGUCAACGAGCGAGAUAAAUACCUGGCUCACUCACUUCAACUGUCUGUCCGACCUUUCCAAACAUCACAGGGCAUUAAAAACUCCCGUGUGGUUGGUGUCGUUGGCAUUGGUCACAUGCCAGGUAUCAUUAAAUACUGGGGCAAAGUACAAUCGUCUGAAAUCCUGCCACUUAUGGAAAUACCGCCGCAGUCUUUAUCUAGUAAAAUACUUCGAGUUUCUUUUAAAGUAUCUGUUGUGGGUGCUAUUAUUUACGUAGGUUACAAAUUCAUACCAAUGCCAUCGGUGCCGUCAUUUCAAUCAUUCAAGUCAUCGGUUCAGGGACUUUUUAAGUAUUUUAAGGCAGUCCUCGGUGUCUGGCUGUAAAAUAAACGCAUUCAAAAAAUAGCAGGGUAAAUAUUAUGGAGACUGGCACGGGCACCGGAAAAAUGGAUGAGUACGAGCAUCCAAUGCUCAAUGUUAUGUAUGUAUCAAAUAAUAUUCCAGGCAAAGGAAUUGAUAUUGACGAGUUCGAAUCAGAAUUCACAGUAGGCUGUACGUGCAAAUCUGAAUGCACAGAAAACUGUUAUUGUAUGAAAGAAGAAGUCAAUUAUAUUAAUAAUCUAUUCAACGAAGAUAAAUCGUCCAAAUUAAUAUUAGAGUGUAAUUCAAUGUGCUUAUGUUUAAAUAACUGUAAAAAUAGAUUAAUACAACAUGGACCGAUUGAUUGCUUAAAAAUAAUUCAUUCUGAAUUAAAAGGUCUGGGUUUGUCGACGUCGAAAGUUAUUGAAAAAAAUAAAUUUAUAUGCGAGUAUGCCGGCGAAAUUAUUGGUAUUGAUGAAGCUAAACGUAGAACUGAAGAUAAUAAGAUAAAUAAACAAAUGAAUUAUAUUUUAAUUGUUUCUGAGCAUAUUGGUAAUAAAAAAUUAACCACUUG